AUGACGGAAAAUGCGCCCCCGGGAAGCGCAAACAAUGGAAGCACAGACAAUUCGCGCGGCACACCCUACUAUGAGAGGCUGCGACGUGACCUCCGCGAGUCGCUGAACAAGAAGCGUUUGAUCGAUAACAAUCUGCUACAACUCGAAGACAACAUUCUACGAGUCGAAACCCAGUACCUAGAAGAGACGAGCGCCGGCAACAUUAUAAAAGGCUUCGACAACUACAUCAAGGGCGCAGCGACUACGACGACCACGGGCGGAGCAGGAACUGCGACAAGGCGAAAGGCCCCAAUCAAUGAUGUGGACAGGAUAUUCAGCCGGAGUUCGACCAGCUUCUUGAGGGAAUCGUCGACACCAGGUUCAGCAACCCCAUCGCACGCUCCUGCGCCAACCUCAUCUUUCCCUACGCGCGAGUCGAGCCAACCCACAAACGGUGCGAAGCCAGGAGACAAUAAGAAGAAGAAGGCGGCUGAAGACGACGAUGAACACAACAACAAGACCAAGCGACAAAAGAUUUCCUACGGCAGGGAGUGA